AUGGGUUGCAUGUGUUGCAAGCCCUCUGCCAUUGAAGAUAGUAAGGAGAGUCCAAGGGAGCGUUUAUCGAGCAAGUCCGUGUCGGACUUGCGUGUGUCUAGGGGGACUUCAUCGAGGAGGGAGGAAGCCUUCUGGCUAAAGGAUAGAUAUGAUAACAAUGAUGGAAGAGCUGCAUUAAUUGAUAAGCAAGGGAAUGGUUCUGUUAGAGUGCAAGGUGAGAGUUUUGAAAGGAAGAGGGAGAAAAUGGAAUAUACUGUUGCUCAACAUCCAGGGAUUGGUAGUGUUCCUAAGGCCAUGGAAGGUGAGCAGGUUGCAGCAGGAUGGCCCUCAUGGCUGGCAGCAGUGGCUGGAGAGGCUAUCAAGGGAUGGCUGCCACGCCGUGCAGAUUCUUUUGAGAAGUUGGAUAAAAUUGGACAGGGAACUUAUAGCAAUGUUUAUAGAGCUCGUGAUCUUGAACAAAGAAAGAUUGUUGCUUUGAAAAAAGUGAGAUUUGAUAAUCUUGAGCCUGAGAGUGUUCGCUUCAUGGCAAGGGAAAUUCACAUUCUACGUAGGCUCAAUCAUCCAAAUGUCAUAAAACUGGAAGGCUUGGUUACAUCAAGGAUGUCUUGCAGCUUAUACCUUGUUUUUGAGUACAUGGAGCAUGACUUGGCUGGGCUUGCAUCACAUCCUGGGCUGAAGUUUACAGAAGCACAGGUUAAAUGUUACAUGCAACAACUUUUACGUGGACUUGAUCACUGCCACAGCUGUGGUGUACUUCACCGUGACAUUAAGGGUUCCAAUCUUUUGAUUGAUAACAGUGGGAUAUUGAAAAUUGCAGACUUUGGUUUGGCAAGCUUUUUUGAUCCCAAUCAAGCUCAGCCACUGACAAGCCGAGUUGUCACUCUUUGGUAUAGGCCACCAGAGCUUUUGCUUGGAGCCACUUAUUAUGGCACUGCUGUGGAUUUAUGGAGUACAGGUUGCAUACUUGCUGAGCUGUAUGCAGGCAAGCCUAUAAUGCCUGGAAGAACUGAGGUGGAGCAAUUGCAUAAAAUUUUUAAACUUUGUGGUUCACCUUCUGAGGACUAUUGGAGAAAAUCAAAGUUGCCUCAUGCAACAAUAUUUAAGCCUCAACAACCCUAUAGGCGAUGUGUUUCUGAAACGUUCAAGGAGUUUCCUGCACCUGCAAUAGAAUUGAUAGAGAUCCUUUUGUCCAUAGAUCCUGCUGAUCGUGGAACCUCAGCAUCUGCUUUGAAUAGUGAGUUCUUCUCAACCAAGCCUCUACCUUGUGAUCCCUCAAGCUUACCAAAGUAUCCUCCUAGCAAAGAAUUUGAUGCCAAAGUUCGGGAUGAAGAAGCUAGAAGACAAGGAGCAGCAGGAAGCAAGGGCCAGAGACAUGAUAUUGAGAGAAGAGGUGCAAGAGAAUCACGAGCCAUUCCUGCACCUGAUGCCAAUGCUGAACUGGUCUUGUCAAUACAGAAGAGACAAGGGCAGGCCAAUUCUCAGAGUAGGAGUGAGAAGUUUAACCCUCAUCCUGAAGAAGUUGCUUCUGGAUUUCCCAUUGAUCCCCCUAGACCAUCACAAGCUGCAGGAUUAAUUGCAGAUCCCCCGGUUCAUCAACAUAAAAGAUCCUCCCAUUCAGGUCCACUGACCCACCGUGCGGCAUGGGCUAAUAAAGCUGGGAAGAACCAGGAAGAUGCUCCAAAGAUUUCAAUGGGGGGUGACUUAUCAACAGUAUCGGGCUUAGUUGCAGCAAGGAGGAGUAUGUUGUCUGACGAUCGCAGAGAAUGGUCUGGAUCAUCACAAGCAGAGGCCCCAAAACUAAUAAGCAGGUUUCCAGGAUCCUUCAAGGAGGCUUCUGAGUCAAUGAUGCAACAGGAUCAGAAGCAUCAUGCACAUGCUCCUCAAAAGGAAGAGGGGAGAGGCAGCCGCAACAAAGACUCAAAUCUUGUUGGUUAUGGUUCCAAGGGUCAUAAAAUUCAUUAUUCUGGUCCUCUGCUAGUUCCAUCAAGCAACCAUGACCAGAUGUUGAAGGACCACGACCGCCAAAUCCAAGAGGCGGUUCGAAGAGCACGACUAGACAAGGCAAAGAUGAGAAGACUCCAAGCUGAAGGGAGCCAGAUAUCCAAUUCAUUAUUUGUUUCUGGUCGUUGAGUUAUAGAACCCGAUGCUGCAAAGCAUCAUUAAGAAUAUUUGAUUCUUUUAUUUUGCCUGUACAGGGAGUUAGCAUCCCCCCCUGUGGCCAUGUUAGGUAACUCUAGCUCAGAAAUCUUCCCUCCACUUCAUCACAGCACGUGUAUUUUCCUUCCACUUAUAUGGUCAUUCUUGCAAAGCUUAUCAACCUUAAGCUGUAGUAGAAUACUGGGGGACCUUGUCUUCCUUGUGUUUAACUUAUGAUAGAGUAAUUAUCACUGGGAAGAUGGCUAUGUAUAUUUGUGUACUCUCUUUUUGUCACUUGCCCCAUCUCUCCGAGAUGCAUUUUGGUACGUCAGUACAUGAUUGAAUAUAGCCACUUGUCAUGUGGUAUAUAGUC